GUGCAAUUGCGCUCCAAAUUGAAUCGUUUUUGCUUCGCUUUGUUUCGUUUGAACCCAAAGUUGUGUAAAGAAAACAUUACAAUUGUCAGUGUGUAUGAAAAAGUGAAAAAAUAAAAAAAAACAAAAAACGAAAGCAAAACACAUUUCACCAAACCAAAACAACUGUAACCCACCAGAAGCAGCAGCCAGCAUUGAGAAGCGUCGAGUGCGUCUCUUUGUGUAACAAGCGGCAGUUUCCAAAAGUAAAAACACCGGCAACAAGAGCAAAAUUGCUAUGAAAGAAAAUUAAAAUUAAUAAUAAUAAGAAUAAUGAAUGCAUAAAUAAACAAUCACUUGCUCUUCACUUCACGGCUGCAAUAACAACUGGGCUAUUUACUUCGAGAUUUGACCAUAAAGCAGCUACAGCUACUUCCUCGGUUAUUUGGGUGUGGAUAGAGUAUUUUUCAUACUGUUAAUAUCGGAGGAAUAAACAAAAUGCCAGAAACUUGCCGCACUUCUGCUACAGAACGCCGAGCGCGGAAUUCAAAUGAAGCGAGCUGGAGGGAGAGUGCCCCAAGUGUUUGCGAUAAUAAACAACGAAUUGCUUGGACCAGAUUUAAAUGCAACGAAUCGCAAAAUUUGAGACCAGCGACUUCCAAUCACAGCGAAAACUUUAAGAACGAGCCGUUUGACGAGCACUGCGAGGAUUCUGAGAGCCGCUGUCGUUCACUGAGCAGUAGUGAUUCCGCGGUCGAAACGAGUAAGGGCUGUUGCUGUCCGAGUCACUCGGAUAAGUCGAAAUCGUGUUGGAAAACCAAGCGAAAACUGAUAAUUCGGCAAAGUUCACAUGCUUCCGGCUUAAACGAAAACGCUAGGACAACCACAGAGGCACCAACCGCAGCAUCAGCGACUACAUCACAAUUGGCAAUACUUCGCGGUCGAUAUGCAAGCUGCGGCGAGCAUACGCUUCUAGCCGGUCCACGAGAUGUGCAACAGAAGAGCGGGCGUGUGAAUAAAAAGACCUCGACAUCGCUGCCAACGACGCCGAACUUGAGUCAUUUGCGACGGCCGAAGCCGGUGCAAUACCAGAAGCUAUCGCUGGAGUCCGCGGAUGUCGAUGAUGUGAGACAGUUGACGUGUACGCCGAGACAGCCGUAUGCAAACAGCUUGGAACAGCUGCAGAUUUCAACAAAGAAGUUGCAAAAUACGACGAGCGAAAGAGGCUACACGCUGUUGGGGCAACAGCACGCCCAAGCGCACCAACCAGUACGCGAGCAACAGCAACAGCAGCAGUCGCUGCCGCUGCAACAGCAAAUGAUCAUCGGCAAUGUACUGCCGGCAUUGGCAGUCCAUGGUGAUGGUACCAAUAAAAGGCCGCAUGUACUGGAGGUUGCGCACACAAAGAAAAACGAAUUUAUAUAUGCGAAUAACGACAACAAUAAUACUAACAACGAAAAUGUGAAUGAGAGCGGAUCGGUUGAGCAUCUUCCCACUUUGACGCCUACCGCAUUGGCAACAGCUAGCGAUUUGGCAACACAACCACUGAUAGAUCAAUACGCCAGCAGCCAGCCGAAUGAUCAGAAUGAUGAAAAUAAUGGCCACGCGCCCUUAUUAUUAUCGCGGCUGCCAUCUCACAUGCCAUUGUCGGCUUCGCAAUGCUCAGUUACCGCAACGUCGACAAUACAAACGACUCAACCCGCCAACUCGGCCAACACGGCCCACUCGACAGUUGUUGCCAAAAACACGCUGGCCUUUUGUGAGCACUGCUGUGCAGAAAGAGCUAGCAUGGCUAGCGGUGAUUAUUCUCAGGGCGCAUACGCCGAGCGCAAGCGGAAUUUCAGUGGUGAGGACCAGGCGCGAUGUUAUCGCGAGAACACCGAUUCAGUCUCCGAUCUGUCGUCGUACCGAUUCGUUUCCGAUGAGGAUGAAGUAAGCGCGUGCAUCACCGCUAACGAAACAGCUGCCACAGAGAAUAAUUCCUACAAUAACACUAAACUUUACAAUAUCAAAAGAAACAACAGCAAUAGUAAUAACAACAACGUAGCACAAGACAGAAUAUUAGCUAAAAACUGUCGCGUUUUAUCCCCCGCACCGUCGCGCAAGCAAACGCACUCGCACUCGCGUUCGUGCUCGUGUACGUCCCCGCCAACGUCGCCGCCGUUAUCGCCAACAUCGUCGACGCGAACGGGUGGGUUGUUGCCAACAUUGUUGACACCCGCCGACACACAAACGACAAAAACGACAGCGACGCGUCGUGCUUCCCCCGCCAUUUGUUGUUAUACAAUUGACAAACCCGUCAGCGUACAUUAUAACGCGACUGUUUUGGAAUACAUACCAAAUGAAACAAAUACAUUCUUAGUAACACCUACGUCGGGACAGAUAACCGCAACAGCUCCUCUGCCAAUUCGUGGCACUUGCACUGCUAAGAGCGCCUAUACCUUAGCGCCGGAAGCGCGCGACUCCAGCGAAUUUCCAUGUCAAGAGGGUCUCCUAUCCACGUCUUUACCCAGCGAUUAUGGUAGUGUGAGGAGCGCUGCCAAUAACCUGCAGCACACGCCACAAAAAUAUAAGCCCCCGCCGCCCGAACCACCUCCCAAACCAAAGCACGAAGCAAGAACUAUCUAUCAGACAGCAAUAUAUCCGAGUUCAAGUUCGUCACUACAAGACCAAUUGGGUGUGUUGGAGACGCGUUUUCAUAACGGCGAGCAGAUUUGUAGCAAUGGUCAAAAUAUCCAAAGUAAGGUAAAAAAGUUUGAAGAUACAAGCGCCUUAAUUGAGCCACAAACACAGAGAUCUUCAAGCUAUCUGUCGCCUUUUAUUCCAAAAAGCGUAGGAAAUUAUACGCUUAAUGAGGAUUCCAAAAGAACCGAAGAACGUUGGUCACAUUCGUUGCGCUCUCUUGAACGCUCCGUUUCACCAGAGCGCUGUGAGCUGUUGAGUUGCUUUGGAACGGUUAAAAAUACCCGAAGCGAGUCCGCAAACACCACAACGAAAAUAAAUAAGCACGACGAGCGACGAGCAGAUGACGCACGGCGAAGCAAAGAAAAUAGCCGUCACGGUGAAGACUGCUUAAAAAGAAACGAUAGAGACAAUAACGACGACAAGGAAACGAAAUUUGUCGCGCGUAGCUUAAGCGAAAGCAGCUGUUCGGUGUCGGUGGCAACGUCGAUUGCCAAUGAAAAGUGUGCCAUCGAAAACAAAAAUAAUCAUCAGCAGCAGCAGCAACCACGUCCCCAACAAAAACAGUCACCCGUGCAACCACCAACACCACCGACACAUCACCAUAAUAAUAUUAAUAAUAAACGGCGUAAUUGUGGAGACUCCGAACAAACUCAACCGAGUGCAGCCAACGGGAAAAAAUCAGCCUCGACAAGUGUUAAUUCUGUCGCCACUGUAACUAACGGUCUGCUCAACGCGUCUAACACAUCUGACACGCACACCGUGUUCAGUGCUGGCAGCAGCGCCUGUGGGGAGUGCAAUAACAACUACAACUGCAGGGCAAGGAGUCACGCGGAAUAUACGCGUUCGGUGCCCGCAUCAUCUGCAUAUCCUUUUACCGCAAGUUCGGAGUCGUCGUGCCAAAGUUCGCAAUCAUCAGUAGCCUACGCAACUUCGCCGUUACUGAAACACACGCUGCGCUACGAUAGUUACGGUCGCUUGAAAUCGGAACGCGUUUCGCGCCUUCCCACAAUCACCAGGUCACUAGCCAAUGGUCGCAAAGCGGCUAGUGAGACGCGUCUGCACCGUGCAUUUCAAAAUGUUUCUACCACGUCUAAAUAUGACUUGCCCACAUCUUUGUCGGCCACUAAUAUUAAGCUAACACCGACUUUUUGUCGUAAAUUCAAUUAUUUAAGUGACAAAUUCGAGGACUGUGUGGCCGAAUGUGAAGAAUUCGAGUCAGAAAUCGAGUCUACAGUUGUUGAAUGUGAGAACCCAAAGCAACAAAAGCGGGACACUAUUGAAGAAGUUGUGCAAAACCUUGUGCCAGCUGUCACCAAUGCGGGACAAAUAGAAGCAAAUACGACAGAUGUAUCUCAAUCGUCACCUGUGCGUAAUGCCAGCACUUGCCACGAGUUCGACAAGGAAUUGGACUUGAAUUUUACAAAUACAGUGCCACCACAACAACAGAUCUAUAAAUCUUUUAGUGAUACUCAAAAUUUUGUGUCUAUUCAUAAAGAGAACCAAGAAAAUAACAAUAAUAACAAUAAUAACAAUAACAACAAUAUAACUGGGGUUAAAUCAAAACGCUUUUUUAGUGACUACUCGCUGAAAUCGGACUUUGCCGAGUCAGACAGUAAUUUGCCGUGUCGGUGUUCUGCUAAACAACUUGCAUCACUGACCGAAGCGAUAUCUCCCACCUCGCCGACGUCACCGAUCUCAUUAAAGUCAUCGAAAUCUUCUGGUGGUUUGAAUCAAAAGAAUUCACAAUCUCUGCCAAGUGUUCCGCAGUCGAAUGGUAUACAAAGUCCAUUAUGGCUUAGUAGUGAGACCAUCGAAUCGUCGCGCGAGAAAUCUUUUGUCGACGAUUUGCAAUCGAGUUGUAGUGAUCAGACAACAAUCUUUCAUUGGGAUAACGAAUUUUCGCAUUCUGCCACAUCUUUAUCUUCGACUACACAAACCGCUACGGAGAGUGGUGGCAACACUCUACACAGACCUAUAGUACUCAAACGCAUUCCAGCCAUACAAUCGUUUGGAUAUAGUCCAUCAAUCGAAACAAGCUCGCUGGGUGCUAAUGCGCCUGAAAACGACGAAAGGGAGAUUAAUAUGGAGAAGCGUAGAAAUACCUUGGAUCGUUUCCAACGUUUGGGUUUUGGUCGGAAGUCGACUCCAGCAUCGAGCGGGGCAUCAGCGGACGGCAGUGGCUCGUCGCGAAAUCGAAAAUCGAACGAAAAAUCCGAAAGACUAAGAGAACUAACUGAGCUACUGCGCGGAAAUAGAUCCUCGCCAACUCCACCGCCUGUACCGCCGCCACGUAAGCCGCGUAAUGGAUCACAUUCAGCGUCGAAUAGUUUGGAGCGGGCAGACACACAAGUGCACACGCCUGCAGUGAGGACUGCUUCUGCCGGCACUUAUUCCAUUGAAAGUCUCGAGCCGCCAACGUCAUUCACGUCAAAUCGCGUUGAUGACAUCAUGUUGAUGGACCAGGAGGAGGACCAAGCUGCAAACAAGACGAAAUCAGGUGUUGGCGAUUGUGCAAAACAAAUCAAUAAUUCCUCGCUUGUGGCCUCAACAGCAGCAGGGGAAGAUGUAGCUAUGCGAACUGGAGCAGCAGCGGCACAAGCAUCAACAAACCGUUUAUACGAUACACUCAAACCAAAUACGAGUCUGUCGAAUUUUGAAUCGUUAAUGAGCAGAGAGAAAUCAAAGUCACCGUCGCCGCGAUCUUUUGCUAACAUCGUUGCGAGCAGCGCUGUGCAUAUGGACGAUGCGCGACUGGCCGACAGUUCAGGUAUAGCUACGAAACUAGCGAGACCAGAAGCUCGCACGGUAAUCGGUUCAUAUACCCAAAAGGGUAUACCGUUUCGGUCGGCGUCAUUUUCACAAAUUGACCUUUCAUCUGGAAAGUACAAAAAGUCUUCGUGGAGCGCAUUGCGUGAUCGGUUGUGGCGUGACAAAGUUGUUGGCUCAGUGGAUUCAGCAACCAAUACGAAAAGGCCAAGUAAUAGUGAAGAGGCGAGAAACGUCUUGACUCCUGCAGUACAAAUCGAAGGGAAAGUGAAGUCCGAACCCGAUUGGAUUUACAUUCCAUUGAAGAAGAAAUCCGAAAUGAGUAUUAAUUUGAACUACGGCCAGGAUAUGAAGAGUUUAGAAUCGCCAGACGUUAUACCGGAGGAAGAUAUAUUUAACACCGAUUUGGAACAUGCAUCGACUACUACAGAAGACUGCAGUGCUGAAGUUUUACAGCACAACCUCGUUAUUGCGCACGCGAAAAUGGAAUCGUUGACAGAUACAAUACAAUCUGAAAAUGACUACACCAUUGAUGCGAAAGAAGUUGCGGUCACUAUUGAACCAGUGCCGGCAGUUGUGGAGGCGGAGGAGGGUGCAGUUGAAAAAGCCAAAGUGAUUGAACAGCCGGCCAUUCUAGAACCCAUUAUUGCCGAUGUUAUCGAACCAAAUGUAGCCACUUUAGUGGAAGAAAGAAUCGCCUUAGAAUCUCCGCCAGACAAUUUCCUGCAGACGGCUACCACAUGUCUUAUACCAGUGCCAGUAUAUGAAUGUGCUGCACAGGAUUGGCGCUUGGAGAACCCACCCCAGGAGUGGGUGGAAGUGCAACCUGAAGAGUUUGGCAUUAUACCGGAAACAAUAGAGCCACUACACUCACUAAGCGAUUGUGUGAAUGUGAAACCUAUACCAAAAACCGCGCAGGAGUAUCGUGUGGAAAAUGUACCGACGAUCUCAGUCAGCCGUUCCUCUGAAGAGGCAGAUGAUAAAUGUAUUUUAAGAAGAAAAGACACGUUCGACGAGGAAUUCAGUGAUCUCGUAGAGCGCCGUCAAGCUUCAAUAGAUACUGCAGAGCUCAGUAAACGAUAUAGCCAAGACGAUAUAGAUGUCGGAAAGGAAAAGCGAGCGUCAUUUGAUGCAAUCACUACACGACACAGUGCAGACGAACGUAAACGUAUCGAUAAGUCGAAACGAAGGAAGGGUAUGUACAUUGACAAUGCUGCGUGGAAUGAAGCUGAUAGUGUAGAAGCGCACAAUCGACUGGCACUUGACAUUUCAUUAGCAACCAACAUGAAUGUGAUUAAGCCGAAUACAUCGGAGGAUUGUGGUAUUAUGUAUAUUAAUAGCCCACCCACUGAUGAAAACAGAACUCCAGGUUCGCUAUACUCACCCGAAAUAAAUACUCCCGAAUCUGAUAAACCACUAGUUUGGACAAAAGCUGAUCGGCUUACUAGUUUUAGCCUGCAAAGUUCCGAAGAGAAAGAUGAAUUACAGAGUGGGAGCCUUAGUGCGAGUAGUGGCAAUGCUGCAUUAGCUGGUCUUUCUCGGAACAAUAAAAGUUUUCCCUUUCUGCGCACAGAUUCGGUGUCUGAUAACGAGAGCGAUCGAGGUACAUCGCAAUGCCGACAACGUGCCAGCCCCAGCCCCGUUCCAGGCGAUUACGAUUUCAAACGAUUUUCCAAACGACCACUACGUGGACCAUAUGGCCAAAUGUUGGAGAAGGAAAUGAAAAAGCCUAAUAAAAUGCACUACGAGGAAAUUUUAGAAGACCUUCGCGAGUCCGAAAUCUCAUCGCAACCACGUCGCACACGUGCCGCCUACGAUGACUCCAGCGCCCUUACAACAAACACAACGCGCAACAUACCUCACCAUUCGAACUCGAUGCGAGUUCGCAAGUCGAACACAUACCUGCCCGUACCUGCUCACACGCGUGCUGCGUCCACACCUUCCAAAAUAGAGAAUGUGAAUAAAGACAGCGGUAUCGGCAGCUUGGAUAAGAUAAAUUCACACGAAAAACGCUACCAAAGCACUUUGGAUAACUCCGUGACUCGCGAUGAUAAGAAUUAUCUAGAUGCAGGUCAUCAUUAUGCCCAACAACAUUAUCAUCAGCGCGAAAUCAAACGCGCUGCCUCCGAAGCUCCGGUCCAGAAAAGCCAUCACAGCAAACGCAGCCAGUCUAUGAGUGGUGAGAAAAACGCCUCAGGCGGCAAUCACAUAGCACAUCAAGCGAAGCGAAGCCUUGAUGCGACCACUGGCGCAGGUGCCAAGGCCAAAAGCGGCGCGGGUAAAAACUCAACUGUGGUGCCAUCACAGGAACUGCUGGCCGAGUUGCUGAAAGGCUCCAGCGAAAAGUUGAUAUCUGAGCAGAGGAAACAAAUGGCUGCGGACACACGUACACAUGUGGUGCAGGAAAUCUUACGCAAUGAACAGUCAUAUGUCGAGUCACUGCAAACAAUCGUCUCAAAAUAUUUUAAGGUACUCAAGUCUCCCGAACAUGCUGGCAUGAUCGAUUCUCGCACCGUGGAUGAGAUAUUCUUUAUGGUACCCGACAUACUGGAAAUACACCAAAAAUUUCUGGCUGAGUUGAAAUCGCGUUGGGAUAGUUGGGAGGCAAACCAAAAAGUUGGCGAUGCUUUCCUGGAAACGUUUUCCAAGUUGGAGGUUUUGGAGGUGUAUACAUCUUUUGUGAAUAACUGCAAUCGUGCCAAGAAUGCUAUCCGCUCUACGAAACAUCAGCGACCCUCGUUUGCGAAAUUUCUCGAAAUCACUGCACGUGAGCAUAAAGGCAAAUUGACCCUGGACAAUUUGCUCAUCAAACCGGUGCAGAAAUUUCCAAAUUACGAAAUGCUCUUUCAAAGACUCAUAAAACACACCGAUCGCGAUCAUCCCGAUCAGAAACAUCUGCAGGAUGUGCUCAAGCUUGUUCACGAUAUACUUGUCCAUAUCAAUUGUAAAGAGCGUGAAAUUCUCGAAAAUGGUCAACGCGAGGCGACAUUGCGUGAACUUGAGGGCGUUAUCGAGGGCAUAACAGAUCUGAUAACAUCCGAUCGACAGUUUCUACUUUUCGAUUUGGUUUCGAUGCCAUCGGGUCAAGGGGCGCGCAAAGAGCGUGGUUUCUUUCUCUUUAAUGACCUAUUAGUGUUGACGAGCAUCAAGAAACGCAGCGGCACAAUACGAAAACCCAACCCUUCUACCUGCCCAGGCACCGUGGCCUCAACACUGGAUACCAACAAAUAUAAGUUCCUUACCAAGAUCUCACUGGAUUGCUUAGAAAUCGUGAAGACGAAAGAUGAAAAUGUGAAGCGCAUAAUGAACGAAAUCGAAAAUUUAGCCGAAGACUGUAAUAAGUUACAACAAAUCGCCGAUGUCACUGCAUCACUCAAGUAUCCACACCAGUAUCUGGAGGAUGUCAUACGUGAAUUACUGCGAGAUGUCCAGCGUCAGCUAUCGGAGCGUCAGACCAAUGAUACACAAUUGAAUAUGCUGGAUCUGCUGGUUAACUCACCGAAUGGAAGUCAGAAACUCUCGAUCGUCUUCAGCAAAGCUGAGAAACGCACACAGUGGGAGCAGACCUUCAAUGAAGCCAAACAGAAGUUGGCUGCUACUCUCGAGCGACAUCCCAUUCCAGAGUUUCUGAUGUCCAUACCGAUACGUAAAACCCGCGCUGGCUUACAGUUCACUUGCGCUGCAGCAACGCUCAGCGAAAAGCGAGAUGUGUGGGUGUGUAACAGUGACGGCUAUGUGGGCCAAGUCUGCAUAAUGUCCCUUUACCCGGAACCGAAUGUCACUAGCUGCAAUGGCGUCUGUAAUGCGCGCAUACUUUGUGUAGCCUCCGUACCCGCCUACAAUUCGAGCAAUAGAAAUUCCACAGGCAGUGGAACGCAGCAACAACAGGCACAGCAAACGCUCCCACGCAGCGCCAGCACCACACCGCAGCACAGUUACACACAACAAUUGCGUGAUUAUCGCAAAAGCAUUUCUCCGAACUUCCAGCCGCCCACAAUGAUUGGCACACCGGAGAAGAAAAAAACGCCGUCGGCACCGACAUCUGGCGCGGUGAACCCCGUUGGCACCAGCGUUGGUAAGGACAGUGCAAAUGGUGACACUAGCGGUGACAACCAACUGGAUUUGAAUCUCAGCUCCAGCGAUGACGAAACCGACACAGCUCUAGCGAACGCCAGUGGCUCUGUUGGCGGCACCGUCAACACUGACAGCGGCACAAUUGAACGCGUACCAAGUCCGGCGCCGUCAACACAGACGAUCGCCUCGAUGACAUUGCCGGGUAGCAGCAACAGUGGCACGCCAUCGCACCAUUCACAUCAAGACUCGAAUCCGGAUGAAGGAGAAGGCAAUUUAUCAACAAUGUGGAUCGGCACGGAAGACGGUUGUAUUCAUGUCUACAAUAGCACCGAUAAUAUACGCAUCAAGAAGAACCGCAUAAAGAUCGAACAUCAGUCGGCUGUGUAUUCCAUAUUAUACCUGGACAAUAGGGUUUUUGUCUCCUUAGCUAAUGGUGAUAUUUGUGUUUACUUGCGUGAUGGUGUUGUCUGGAAUACCAGUUCGUCGCAUUGUCUUUCAAUCGGUACUGUAACAAGUCCGGUUACGAAGUUGCUGAAUGUGCACGGAAAACUAUGGUGCUCUAUACAAGGCAUCAUAAAGGUUUUAGAUACAGAGACUUUGUUGGUGGUAAAUCAAAUACAAAUCUCAUCUGAUUCGAAACCUAUUACCAACAUGACGGUGUCGAAUAAUUACGUGUGGAUUUCGAUACAAAACUCGGCACAUAUCAAGUGUUUUCAUUCCAUAAGCCAUCAGUUAAUAGCUGAAGUUAACUUAGCGCCAGCUGUGAAUAAAAUGCUCUCGAAUUGUGAUGAGAUUAUACGCCAGCACAAGGCCGCCUGUUUGCGUGUCACCUCGCUGCUGUCCUGCCGCGAUCUCAUUUGGAUUGGCACCAGUGCAGGCGUGUUGCUCACCAUACCAGCGCAAGGCUUCGAGAAGGGCGUACAAACUGUAGUGCCCACUGGCAUUCCACACGGCCACACCGGUCAUGUGCGUUUCCUGACAUUCGUGGAGACGAGUGGUCUCAGUGCAGAAGGCAGCGGCAGCAGUACAGGGUCUACGGGACGAGAUAACGAUAGCGCUAUUAGCAACAAUGAAUACAGGAGUCAUAGUUCCACGAAGCAUAUGAAACCGAAAGCGGAAUCGAGUACGAUACUAGUGAUAUCCGGCGGUGAUGGAUACGAGGACUUCCGUAAUUCGGGUGCAAAUUCGUUAAGUGAAAUCGCCGGCCGCGAAGACAGCACCAAUCAUUUACUGAUAUGGCAAAUUUGAAGUAGGCGACGCAAGAACCGUUGGAAGGAAUUGCUUUCACGGUGGAAAAACAACAACUAGUGGUGGCAGCGUAGUCCGGGCGGAUACCGGCGAAAGCGUGGAAUCAAUCGACACACCAGCACGAGCAUCUAAAAUGCGACGUUGCAGCGACGAGCGAUUCUCACAAAACAGGUGCGAUUUUAUAUUGCGCAACAAGCUUCGCGGGACCCGACCGUUCACUACAUAAGGAUAAACACAACCCCCAAAACAAACACACAAAUAAACACGCAAAUUGACGAAGUUCUUGAGUGUGAAUGUGCAUGGACAAUUUAUGAUUUGCCAUUUCGAGAGAGAAAUAUUUUGUGAGAGAACUUAAACUUUUUUGUUUACCGUUUUGGCGGGAAAAGUGCGCGAAUGUGCGAAAAUGGAAACGUGAGAUCGACAGUUGACUGUUGGAAUUUAGUCUGAUCACUGAGAUUACAAUUGCUGAGAAACUCACCUAUAUACAUAUAACCCUUGGCGUCUAUCGUGGGCGGCACUUUCGUCUCAUGUGUCGAAUUCAAACGAUAACAAUUCGAAAGGCGAUCGUGCAACACGCUUUAUUUGAAAUCGUGUGUACCUUCAUACAUACUAACAUUUAUAUACUAUAUAUAUAUGCAUAUGUAUGCGUAUGUACAUAUGUAUACAGGCAAAUGGUGAUUGUGAAGUGUUUAUUCACAAAAUUGGAAAAUUUGCCAAAAAUCUAAACCUCUUUGCUCCAUUCUAAACAGCUGUUUACAACAUACUCGUUCAUGGCUGCAAUACAUACAUACAUACUUAAAAAUAAGGUUAAGAACAAUAUUCCUAUACAUAUAGAUACAUAUAGAUAUUUACUAUUACUUGCAUACAUACACACACAUAUUUUAAUUAUAUUUGUAGACUAAAUUACCGCACACACUUUUAUAUGGAAGAACUGUUAAAUACUUGCGCACACGCAAGCACACACAUACGUGUGUACAUGCAAAAAGGGCAAAUGAAACCUGCAAAAAGCGGAAAUAAUAAAUUUUAUUGAACUGAAACUGAAUAAUGUGCCAAAAUGUGUUUCCUUUGCUAUAACAAUUGUAAAUUAUCAAAUUUCAAACAAUUACAUACAUAUGUAUAUGUACAUAUAUCCAGGCAUACACCAAUUGAUGUACAUAUAUACAUAUGUAUCUAAACAAACGUACGCAUAUUUGUAUGAAUUGGAUUUAGACAAAUCAGCUCGGACAGCUCCAACUUGUGGGGCUUGUGCGAGAAACUAAAACAAAAAGAGAAACAAAAACAAUCUUUGUUGUAUAUUAAGCAACUUAAAAACGUAGCAGAAUGUAUAAAUUAUAUAUACAUAUGUAUGAAUAUAGUACAUAAUAACUGUAUACAUACUACUUACAAACAAAUUAAUUGAGAGCAAACACAAACAAACAUACAUACCUAGAAAAUUAUAUUUAAUGGGCGCAACUGCAGAGUCCCGAAAAUAUAUAUUUGAACCGAUUGAACAAUAAUUAAAUAAAUCUACUAUUUAAGCACUAUUUACAAUAAACAUUAACUAAGCUGAAACUAAUAACAAAUUAUACUGGUAAUUGAUUAAAAUAAAAUAUUAAAUAAUUAUAUACAUAAAUUA